AUGCCUUCUGCAGACCCUAUUCCCACCCCGGUCCCCGUCACCGAAUCCCUCCCGACUCAUCCCGAUCGCCUGCGCGUCAAUCGCAGCCCCAAAGCCUUUGGCAGCGGCGCCUACUCGCUCGUCGACCUCCCCGCGGGCGCCGUCUUCGCCUCCAUCACAGGCACCAGCCCUGGCCGCAAAGCCUACACCAGCGUCCAAACCGGACGCGACACGCACAUCGAGCUCAACUCCGACCUAGUCUACUGCAACCACUCCUGUGCCCCCUCCCUAGUCUUCGACAUGGCCCGCAUGGAAGUGCGCGUCGGGGACGACAAGCCGCUCAAGGUCGGCGAUGCCUUGACCUUCUUCUACCCCAGCUCCGAGUGGGAGAUGGAUCAACCGUUCCAGUGUACCUGCGGGGCUAGUGAAUGUCGGGGAUGGAUCUCGGGGGCGAAGACCAUGUCUGCGGACGAAUUGGAUGGGUAUUGGUUGAAUGGGCACAUUGCCGAGUUGUUGAACGAGCGCAAGUGA